CUUAAGUUUUCGUUGGGACGACUAUUGGGAACUCACGCGGGGGCGUAGAUUAACAAACAUGUCGGACAGUAACUUAUACUUUUAAAUGCAUAACCCAUGUGAUAGUAGGAUAAAUAAAUAAAAUGUUAUUAAAUUUCAUAGACAUAUCAUCUUGGACGGGUAAAAACUAAAAACAAAAAAGUAUACAUGAUGCCGAACGAAUUUUAUUGGUCGGCUAUUUAAUUAAAUGUAAAAUAAAUCACGAAAAAAGUGAUAAAAAUAUAUGUGAUCUUAGUUGCCGCGCUUUGUGUACGAACGUCUCAUAUGAAAGAAAACCUCAUGAAAUUAAUGCAAAAAUUUUUUAAAUUAUAGGAUAAUAACAACAUUACUAUAAUUAACAUUUAUUUACUUGAAACAACAAAAAUAAUAUUUUCAGUUUUAAAGUUUUAAGUUAAGCUUUACAAACUAAUCUGGCAAUAUUUAAUCGUUUUUUUUUUUAAACUGUUACGAAUAAAGUGUAUCUGUAUAUAAGUAUUAAAUUAAUAAUAACAAACAACACUAAUACAAGUAUCAUGGCACAAGGAACUCCUGAAUCAGAUAUUGGAAGCUUCGAGUGCUUUACUAAUUACACUGCACCUGAAGUAUUUAUUCAAGGACUCGCCGGCCUUGUUGACCAACAAGAUGUUGAAUCUAUGAUAAGAGCUCAAAAACAAAUGUUACAAAGAUUUGAAAAAACUAAUGAAAUGCUGACUAAUUGUAAUCAAUUGUCUAUUAGUCGUCUAAAAUCUGCUGGUGCUGAAUUUAAAAAACAUACAGCUUUGUUAGCUGAAAUGAAAAAAGAUUUAGAUUACAUAUUUAAAAAAAUUAGAAUUGUAAAAAAUAAAUUAAAUCAACAAUAUCCACAAGCAUUUAAUGAAGCCGUAAGAAGUAGUUUAGCUGAGGAGGUAUUAGUUGAAGAUAUUAAUCAAGGACCAAAGCCACUAGAACCGGAAAUUAUUACCCCAGUAAACAAUACGUCAACAGUAGCAGAAAAAAAUCAAGACCCCGAUUCUGAUGAUUUUACUAUGAAAGCAGAGGGAUCAGCUACUGCAAUCGUUGUAUCGCAAAAAGUAAAAAUAAAAGAAGAAAUAAAAGAAUGUGAGUCACAGGAAUUAUCCCUAUCAUUUGAUAAAGAUUUACCGUCGACUGAUACGACUACUGCUAUUAACGAAAGUAUAAUCACAGCAUCUGUUACAACUAGCACAAUCCAAACUAGUACCAUUACAAUCAAUAAUUCAUCUAAAUCCUCAAAAAUACCAACGACUAUUCAUAACACCAACUCUGUUGUUGGUUUAAUUGCAAAGGAAUCUUUGCCAGGUGAUUUUAAAAAUAAAGAGGUAUUAUCCCUUGUAAAUCGCUCGCAAGAAAAUGACAGUGAAGAAGAAUCACAUGACCGAGAAGAUAAUAUAUCAUCGUCUCCGACUAAUUGCAGUUUACUCAAACAAAAUUUAUCACAUCAUCAGCAACAAGAAUCCUCCUUGGUCGAAUUCAAUAAUGGACAAAAAUCUUUAUCCUUGUCGACGGAAAAGCAAAGUCUUAAAGAAAUAUCUAUCAAAGUCGAAGACCAAGUCGAAGAUCUAUCUACUAUGACAGGGGGUGCAGAUAAAAUCGAAGAAAAUUUAACAAUAUCUGAAAUCAAUAAAUGUGACUUGAGCUCAUCUAAUACUAAAAAUAGUAUUGGACCCAGAUGCGUUGCAAGUAUUUUUACAGGACAUACUAAAUUUAGAAGACUUCUGGGUACUCUUGUACAAUUUGCAAAUAAUAUAUCUAAUGAUACUGGUGAUACUGUUCGAACUCUUAUAUUUGGGCUUUUGAGUGGUGGAUUGGCUGCAGAAGAGUUUCAUGCAUCUCUACAAGAAGCAACUAAUUUUCCUCUUAGAGAUUUUGUUUUACCGUACCUAAAACACACACUCCCUUUACUUCACCGAAAUAUUACUGCUGCUGCUAGGUCCAAUAAUCAAACAUGUGCGCAAUAUUUGCGAUGUAAUGAGUCAGCUAUACUGGAGACUAUCAGUCUUAUCGUACCGUCUGGAGAAAUAGUUCAACUAUUUGGUGAUUACAAUAACAGCAGCAGUAGCAGUAGCAGCAGCAACAACAGCAGCAGUAGUUGUAAUUACGGAAUACGUUCUACGUGUAUGACCAAUUCAAAUAUAAACUCAUUCCUACAAUCUUCAAAUUCUUUUUCAACAGUAUCUCUUCACCAUUGCAAUACUGGAAAAGCAGUUAAACGUCGAGCUUCUGAUACUUUGUAUUAUGAGAAUGGUGUUGAAGAUCCUGUAAUUUAUGGUAAACGGCCAGUUAAUUCGUGUAAUCAUUCUCAGCAUCAUCAACAACAACAACAACAACAACAACAUCAAUCACCUGAUUCUUAUUGCUUGUAUCAUUUGUCUUCUGGUAAUACUGUUCAAAAUAAUUUACAAACAUCUGGACACGGAAACAAUCUCUUACCACCAAAUCUUAUUCAAAUCAAUCAAUCGCCGUCAUUUAGUUCAUACCAUCGAUCACAGCAACAGCAACAACAACAACAACAACAACAACAACAACAAUUAAAUUACAUGACCGCAAGUGCACAAAAUAUCUCAAGUCUUGAUGAUGAAUGGAAAAAUAUUCAUGUAAUGCUCAAUUGCAUCUUAGGUAUGGUAGAAAAAACAAAACGUGCUCUGGUGAUUUUACAAAAACGUGGUUCAUCUAGUCCUAGUGGUGGUAGUGGUAGUGGUAAUAGUAGUAGUACAACUACUCCUACAGUAGCUAAUGUUUCUCAACUUAUUUCUUCUACUCAGAAUCUAAGUAGUAACAAUAGUAAUCAUAAUUGUUUAAAUGGAUCACAAGUAGAGGCAACCGGAGAUCGUGGUGGUAAUCUUAAACGACUUUCUGGAGAAAUAGUUGCUCAAACAAUAAGAGCUACUCAAGAUCGUCUCACUGCGGAAAUUAAAAGACAUGCUGAAGAAGCUGUCCAAGAAGUAAAACGUGUUGCUAUGGCUGAAGUGCAACGUGCAGUAGCAGCAGCAGUCGCUGAAUCUCAAGCCAACGAAAGACUUGGGACUAAUCAACAGCAUAUUGAUGGUUCAGUUUUACAUUUAAAAAAUUAUGGAAAUAUCAGACAAGGAUCAUUUUUCCGUCUAAAUAGUCAUUUCAUUAAUCAAAAUAUCGAGAUGACGUCAAAAACUAAUAUAGGCACAACUGUUAAUUCAAAUUUAUCCAAAGAGGAUGAUAAAGAAGCUAUUCAUCAUCUUUCUAAUUCCGCAUCUAGUUGUUGGAAUUGUGGAAGAUCAGCUAUGGAAACUUGUGGUGGAUGUGGAAUUGCAAGAUACUGCAGUUCUUUUUGCCAACAUCGUGAUUGGGAAACAGGUAGACAUCACAUAACCUGUCGUCACACAAGUCCGCCAACUAGUGAAUCACGUCGUUCAUCUUCACGUAGUCCACCAAGAGUUGUUACUUUAAUUCAAAAUGAUGUUAUCGGCGUUGCUAAUAAUGGUGCUAAUUUAUCUAACAAUAUUACUCAACCAAAGUGAUAAAAAAACUAUUUUUUUUUUUUUUCUUCUAAUUAAUUUAAUUGAAAAAUUAAUAUAAUAUACAAAAUUAUUAUUUAAUAAUUAAAUAAUAACAAAGUUUUCUUGAUAUUCAUCGAUGUAUUAAUAUUUAGAUAUUUUUUAAGGUGAUAGUCAUUAUUAUUAUAUAUUACAUUACUCUAUUUCUUAAUUACAUAUCAUUGUAUAAAGCGCGCGCGGAAAUAUUCGAUUGCGAUUAUAACUAAUACUUUAAUACAAGAUAUAAAUUUAAAUAUUUCAGUAAAAAUACAUCAAAUCUUAAGAUUUUAUUUAUAUUAUUAUGUAAUAUUAUCAUAUAUAAAUAAUGACAAAAAAAUUUUGGGAAAUGGUAGAAUAACUUUUUACAUUUGCACAUAACAAAAUUAUUUACAUUAUAAGUACAUAUUAAUAAUUAUUAACUAUAAAAUCACUUAACAAUAUUAUUAAUCAAUCGGUUCUCUCUCAUUGUUUAAGUUUUUAUGAUUUCAUACAUAAUUUUAUUAAUAUCUUUACUUGAAACAAUCAGACAUUUUCCUACUAUGGCCUUGCACGUAUAUCUUCAUUCUAGUCAAUUGAUAUAAUAAGCCAGUGAUAUUUAUGGACUUAAUUUUAUUAUUACGUAAAUAUUUAUCAAUAAAUUAUUUAGGUUUAGACAUAAACAAUGUAUAGUUUAUGAAAUAACUAAUGCACUCAAAUAUUUCAUUAUUAAUAAACAAAAAAUAAUAAAAAUAAUA